AUGGCACACGGCGACCUCCCUGACCGGAAUAUCCAGAAUGCGACCAUAUUGGCCAUCGUCGACCGCGAUUAUCGUCCCACUCUUCCCCCUAUCCAUCCGGAUACGUGGGAGAGGAUUGUGAAAGGCACGACCAGAGGCGAAGUGGACUUGAACGAGCGGCUCGAGUUCGUCGGAGAUGCGCUCUUAUACAUCUGCGUCGCACUCGAGUUGCGCAAGCUAUACCCCGAAAGUAUGCCACACUUCCUGACGGUUCUCAGGCAGGUCCUGGUGACGAACCUGAUACUCGCGUUGAUCGUGGAGAAGAUAGACCCCCGCACGGCUAAAUAUGGUUCUAUCCUCGAACCCGUUGUCCAAUAUAGCCAGGAGACCAGACGGGACCCUACUGGCCCAACCUUGCAACAGCGAGUGAGACUCUCCAUCGGCAAGGACGUUGUGAAAAGUCCUGCGGAUUGUAUGGAGAUGGCGAUCGGGGCACUCUACUACGAGCAAGGGUUCGAAUCAGUGCACCAGUGGUGUGCCCAGACGUAUGCUUUUCUCCUGCCACAUGCAGCCGGGGCUUACGGUCGAAACUCGUGGACGGCCCAGAGCAGACUUAUUGCGAAGCGAGAGGCGCCGGCACCAAGACUAACACCGCUUCGCGAGAAUCCAGAUGCCAAAAGAAUGAGAGCCGCGUUUGACAGUAUGGAUUCUCAGCCUCCGAGGAAGAAGAGAAAGGCCGCAGAGAUGGCUCAAUCGAUUAUCGAGAAGAAGGUUAGGGUUAGAAAUCGAGAAGGCAAGAAAAAGAAGAAUAAGAAGAAUAAGAACGUGAUAACAAGCUCUGCCUUCGCCGACGAGCAUUCUGAAAAGCCUCUCGACCAAUCUAUGCCAUCUGGCGGCACCUACCGGGACAUCAUAUUCAUUGAUCUAACCGGUGACGAUGACGAAGACGGCACAUAUGAGACAACACAUGCGGACUCCCAUAUCAUCAUUGAUCUAACUGGCGAUGAUGACGAUGAGAACGACGUCUCGUCCGACAUGGAUAUCUCUGUCUCUGGAGCCUCGGUGCAAUAUGUUUCGUCCGGCGAAGAGGAUGGCGAUCAUGGUUUGGCUCACUCCGGUACAAGCAUUAAUGGACCUUCACAUGAGAAGGAGAACGUAGAGAAAGAUAGCAUUCCUGAGGGCUCGGUGUGUAUUGACCCUCCUUCUGCCAUGUCACCCACAUCUGAGCGGCCGUGUCAGGGUACGAAGCUUCAGCCAGAUUGCCUCCCAAAACCUCAAAGCAUAGGCAAUGUAACUGCCAACUCAUCCCUGGGCUCUUCGUCUUCUGUUCGUUACUCUACUCGGCCAUAUCUUGGGACUGUCUAUAGCUCUAUGCGAGGGAAGACCGGUGGCAGGGGUGACGAGACUCUGGGUUUGGCUACGUCUGUGAUACCUCAGUCACGCGAAGGCACAAGCGAAUCUGAUCGCAAGGUGGUUUCUCAUGGUGUCUUUGGACAGAAAGGUGCAUCAGCGGACAACGGCUUCACCUUCACCUGUCCACCGCCAUCUCACGCCCACCAGACGCCGAAACCCCUGGUUCCUGUCGACCACACCACACCACAUUCCUCGCAGCGCAUCUUUCACGGGUUUCAUCACGUGCAAGGGCUCUCUCGUAACAGUGCCCAUCUGUCGGACACUUUGAUUAAGGCAUUUCGCUCUGGUAAUGCUCUUGAGCGGUCCACGACGCCUGCUGUCGCUCACGGCGACAACAACUCCCGCUCGUCCUUGGAGAAUGUUUCCCAUGGCUUCGACGUUCCCGGCAUGUCUAGAAUCAAUACUCCCACGUCUUCCACACCGACUUCGUCGUUUAUCUCCAAAGAUCCUAUGCGACCAUCUAGGGAGAGCAGCUCACUCUCCCACAACCACACUGUUGCUCGCUCGGAUGGCCCCUCGGCCAACAUGAUGGACAUCGACGCCAACGACGAUGGACUACACGGAACAUCACAGCCCCAAUCACCGAAUUCUACCCCGCGCUACUUCAGGUCCAACACUGAAUCAUUUUCGCGGGAGGACAGUGAAGCUGAUGAGGACGACGUAGAGCUUGCGGUUUUCAUGUCUUCAGGAUCUGACCAGGAUAUUCCUAUGUAG